GCUGCAAGCCCCGAAAAUUGCGGACCAACAUGCCGGAACUGAAAUCAGAGAUAAAAGCAGUAUUUUCCAUCAAUGGAAAGCAGUAUGAAGUGGACAGUUCAAUUCCUCCAAAUACAUCACUCAAUACUUACAUAAGAGACUAUGCAAACCUCAAAGGAACAAAAGCAAUGUGUCAUGAAGGUGGUUGUGGAGCAUGCAUUGUCAUGCUUACAAAGAAACAUCCUGUUAGUAAAAAGGAGCAAUCUUUUGCAAUCAACUCUUGUCUGAUGCCAGUAUUUUCAUGCCAUAAUUGUGCUGUAACAACAAUUGAGGGAAUUGGAGAUGCAAAAAUUGGUUACAAUACAGUGCAGAAAACUCUGGCUGCAUUCAAUGCUACUCAGUGUGGGUACUGUUCCCCUGGGAUGGUAAUGAACAUGUACAGUUUGCUCCAGAGUGGGAGAGAUGUAACAAUGGAGGAUGUUGAAAAUUCUUUUGGUGGUAAUAUAUGCCGUUGCACUGGAUACCGACCAAUACUAGAUGCCUUCAAAUCCUUAUGUACAGAUGCUACAGCAGAGCUCAAGCAAAAGAUUCCUGAUAUAGAGGACUUUGCAGAAAAAAUUUGCAAAAAGAAUGGAAAACCAUGCAAGAAACUUUGCACUGUCGAAAAUGGGGUCUGCACUCAAACAGUGCCUUCAUCGUUACACGUAGAGCUGCAUUCAACGGAAUGGUACAAAGUUGAAACAAUCAACAGUAUUUUCAGUAUACUGGAGAGCAAAUCAAAUAAAAAGUACAUGCUUGUAGCUGGUAACACAGGUCAUGGUGUGUAUCGGAGAGAUCCUGACAUUGAAAUAUUCAUAGACAUUAGUGAUGUCUCGGAGCUCAAAGGACACAGCAUCAAUUCUCAACUGAUUAUUGGAGGAAACAUGACUCUAACAGAAGCUAUGGAAUUAUUUUACAAUAUUUCAAAGACUAAUAAAAACUUCAGCUACACGAAAGUGUUGGCAGAUCAUAUAGAUUUGGUUGCAAAUGUUCCAGUCCGAAAUGCUGGAACCAUUGCUGGAAAUCUCAUAUUAAAACAUGAGCACCCAGAAUUUCCAUCAGAUAUUUUCCUGAUGUUGGAGGCUGUUGAUGCAAAAAUUGAUAUAAUUGACAAGACUGGAGCACAGACUGUCAGUCCACUGGAGUAUUUGGAAGUUGACAUGAAGCAGAAGAUUAUAAAGAGCAUUACUUUGCAGCCCUAUGAUGAUAAUUAUUUCUUAAAAACCUACAAGAUUAUGCCUAGAGCUCAAAAUGCACAUGCUUAUGUAAAUGCAGGAUUUUUAUUUAACUUGGAUAUGAAGAAUGUUGGCAAAAUAAUUUCCAGACCUAGAAUAGUGUUUGGAGGCAUUUCAGCUCAGUUGGUUCAUGCUGCAGAAACAGAGAUAUUCUUGGAGGGUAAAAAUAUUUUUGAAUUGGACAUCCUGCAAGAAACACUGAAAAUUUUAGAUUCUGAGCUUACACCUUCAGAGACACCACUGGAGGCUUCACCAGAAUACCGUAAGAAUUUGGCUGAAGCUUUGCUAUACAAGUGUGUGCUGAGCAUAUCUCCGGAAACAGUACGACCUGUACUCAGAAGUGGAGGUGAACUGCUGAAGAGGCCAUUAUCAUCUGGGAAACAAGACUAUGACACACAUAAGGAAUUGUGGCCCCUUGGAAAGCCAGUGCCAAAAAUUGAAGCUCUUGUGCAAUGUUCUGGUGAAGCAAAGUAUGUGAAUGAUGUACUCACUAUUCCUGGUGAAUUAUAUUGUGCAUUUGCUGUAACUGAAAUUGCAAAUGGUCAUAUCAGAAGUAUAGAUGCCACAGAUGCUUUGGCUGUUCCAGGUGUAGUUGCUUUUUAUGAUGCAAAAGACAUACCAGGAAAGAACAACUUUUUUCCUAAAAUGAUUUUUAGCUAUGAAGAUGAAGAGCUUUGUUCUGGGAAUGUUAAGUACAAUGGACAACCAGUGGGGGUUGUUGUAGCACAAUCUCAUGAUACUGCAGUCAAGGCUGCUAAGUUGGUGAAGAUAGACUACGAUGUUGUAAAUAAGCCUGUAAUUCACUUUAGAGAGGUAAUAAAGUCUGGUGAUAAAAGUAGAAUGGAUGUAGCAGGAGAAAUGAAGCCAACAGAAACUGGACGAAAAGAGAAGACUAAGCAUGUAAUUAAGGGCAGCUUUGAUGUGGGUUCCCAAUAUCAUUACACAAUGGAAACUCAGUGUGCCGUGUGUAUCCCAUCUGAAGAUGGAUUGGAUGUCUACCCUGCCACACAAUGGAUGGACUUGACACAGAUUGCCAUAUCAGAGGCACUAAAUAUACCAGAAAACAGCAUCAACAUGCAAGUAAGGCGACUUGGUGGUGGUUAUGGAGCAAAGAUAUCACGCAAUACACUGGUGAGCACAGCCUGUGCAUUAGCUGCAUAUCUUCAAAACAAGCCAGUUAGAUUCAUAAUGACACUUGAAGCAAACAUGGAAUCAAUAGGGAAAAGGUUAGACUGUGCUAUGGAUUAUGAGGUUGGCGUAGAUGAUGAUGGAGUCAUAACUUAUUUGGAAGCAAAGAUGUAUCAUCACUGUGGUGCUCAUAGGAAUGAUAGUUCUGCAGGUAUUGCACUUGAAUCAUUCAAGAACUGUUACGAUAACAGCACUUGGAAUGUUACUGCUUACAAUGUCAUAACAGAUGUUGCACCUAACACAUGGUGCAGAGCACCAGGUACUACUGAAGGCACAGAGUUUAUUGAAAACAUAAUGGAGCAUAUUGCAAAGAAUCUUGAGAAAGAUCCAAUUGAUUUGAAAAUGAAAAACCUUGUGAAGGGUGAUACAUUAAUCGCUGAUAUGGUCAGUUACUGGAAGACUGAAACAAAUUACUUGGACAGACUAGCAGCUGUCAAAAAAUUCAAUAUGGAAAAUCGUUGGAGGAAGAGAGGAAUUGCAGUUGUCCCAAUGACGUACGGGUUUCAGUAUUUUGGAAAUUUCUAUGCCCAUGUGUCAAUUUAUGCUCGUGAUGGUACAGUUUCUGUGGCUCAUGGUGGAAUUGAGUGUGGGCAAGGAGUAAACACAAAGGUCGCCCAAGUGUGUGCUCAUGCAUUAGGAAUACCUCUAGAAUUUGUGAGUGUAAAACCAUCAAAUGUCCUGACAGCUCCUAACAACAUUGUGACAGGCGGAAGUAUUGCAAGUGAAUCAUGUGCAUAUGCAACAAUGCGUGCUUGUGAAGAACUAAUGCAACGACUGGCGCCUGUAAAAGCCAAACUAGAAAACCCAACUUGGAAGGACCUUAUCGCUGCAGCAUAUUCAGCAAAUGUAGAUCUCUGUUGCAGUUUCAUGAUGUAUGCUGGUAUUGCAGACACAAUAACUCCAUAUAAAGUUUAUGGUGUUACUGUAGCAGAAGCAGAAAUUGAUGUACUGACAGGACAACAUCAGUUACUACGUAUAGAUGUACUGGAAGAUGCUGGUGAGAGUUUGAGCCCUGAGGUUGACAUAGGUCAAGUGGAAGGAGCCUUUGUUAUGGGCCUAGGCUAUUGGCUGGAAGAAUUCAUGGUUUAUGACGACAGUACUGGAGCAAAGAUAUCACGCAAUACACUGGUGAGCACAGCCUGUGCAUUAGCUGCAUAUCUUCAAAACAAGCCAGUUAGAUUCAUAAUGACACUUGAAGCAAACAUGGAAUCAAUAGGGAAAAGGUUAGACUGUGCUAUGGAUUAUGAGGUUGGCGUAGAUGAUGAUGGAGUCAUAACUUAUUUGGAAGCAAAGAUGUAUCAUCACUGUGGUGCUCAUAGGAAUGAUAGUUCUGCAGGUAUUGCACUUGAAUCAUUCAAGAACUGUUACGAUAACAGCACUUGGAAUGUUACUGCUUACAAUGUCAUAACAGAUGUUGCACCUAACACAUGGUGCAGAGCACCAGGUACUACUGAAGGCACAGAGUUUAUUGAAAACAUAAUGGAGCAUAUUGCAAAGAAUCUUGAGAAAGAUCCAAUUGAUUUGAAAAUGAAAAACCUUGUGAAGGGUGAUACAUUAAUCGCUGAUAUGGUCAGUUACUGGAAGACUGAAACAAAUUACUUGGACAGACUAGCAGCUGUCAAAAAAUUCAAUAUGGAAAAUCGUUGGAGGAAGAGAGGAAUUGCAGUUGUCCCAAUGACGUACGGGUUUCAGUAUUUUGGAAAUUUCUAUGCCCAUGUGUCAAUUUAUGCUCGUGAUGGUACAGUUUCUGUGGCUCAUGGUGGAAUUGAGUGUGGGCAAGGAGUAAACACAAAGGUCGCCCAAGUGUGUGCUCAUGCAUUAGGAAUACCUCUAGAAUUUGUGAGUGUAAAACCAUCAAAUGUCCUGACAGCUCCUAACAACAUUGUGACAGGCGGAAGUAUUGCAAGUGAAUCAUGUGCAUAUGCAACAAUGCGUGCUUGUGAAGAACUAAUGCAACGACUGGCGCCUGUAAAAGCCAAACUAGAAAACCCAACUUGGAAGGACCUUAUCGCUGCAGCAUAUUCAGCAAAUGUAGAUCUCUGUUGCAGUUUCAUGAUGUAUGCUGGUAUUGCAGACACAAUAACUCCAUAUAAAGUUUAUGGUGUUACUGUAGCAGAAGCAGAAAUUGAUGUACUGACAGGACAACAUCAGUUACUACGUAUAGAUGUACUGGAAGAUGCUGGUGAGAGUUUGAGCCCUGAGGUUGACAUAGGUCAAGUGGAAGGAGCCUUUGUUAUGGGCCUAGGCUAUUGGCUGGAAGAAUUCAUGGUUUAUGACGACAGUACUGGGAAGGCACUAACCAACAGAACAUGGAAUUACAAGCCACCUGGAUUUAAGGACAUUCCAAUAGACUUCAGAAUAAAACUAAGAAAAAAUGCACCGAAUCCUGUGGGUGUGCUUCGUUCAAAGGCUACUGGUGAGCCACCACUCUGCAUGAGUAUUGCUGGCUUAUUUGCAGUACGAGAAGCUGUAUUGGCUGCCAGACAGGAUGCUGGUAGUGAUGAAAAGUGGUGUGAGAUGAAUCCUCCUGCAACACCAGAGAGAGUUUUCCUCACAAGCAAGACUGACUAUAAAAAUUUGGUUCUGUAAUGGUAGGAGGUACAGAAUUCUGUUAAUGCUGGGAAAGAGAUACUGCUGACUGUUUCUAAACUCAAGAUGUUAAUUCCUGUUUAUAUUUUGUGAAAUAUUUUGUGCUGUUGCUUGUAAAACCUUAAAUUUUUCUUAGCAUUUAAUGUACAGAAAAUGUAUAUCCACUGUUGAAAUUUGGAAAAGAUUUUUUAUAUUGAUUGGAGAAUGUUGUAAAUAAAUGUCAU